GUGUUGUUAUGUCAAUGUCAAUAACCGAAUUACCUGCAAAAAUUCCAUUUUCGGUCAUUAGAUGAUUGCAUUUGUCAAAUUCCAUUGUAGAAAAAACAUUCUGAAAUUCAAAUAAAUGGCCAAUACAGCGAGGGCCAGUUUAUUUUCUGCAUAUAAAUUUUCUUUUCACAAAUUUAACCAUGUACAUUUGAAAACAUCGAGUUGUAGCCUGGGUUUCACAGGCUUCAAAAUUAAAGAUAAAUUGCAUUCAAGACAAUUAGCUCAAGAUUUUAUAUUUAGAUUAAAUAACAAAGAAAGGACUAUUCUUUUCGAAGAACUUCAACGUUUUCAAACGCAAGCGGCAGCUAUCAAAGUCGAUGCACCUCCAGAACCUCCAACCAAAGCCCAACUGCAAGCUUUACUUGCACACAGUGCAGUGCCAUUCAUUGGAUUUGGUUUUCUUGACAAUCUUAUUAUGAUUAUAGCUGGUGAUUAUAUUGAUGCUACUAUUGGAAUAACUUUAGGGAUCUCUACUAUGGCAGCUGCUGGUUUGGGAAAUACUCUAUCAGAUGUAGCAGGUAUUGGCUCUGCUUGGUAUGUUGAACGCAUUGCAUUUAGGAUAGGUGUGAAAUCUCCUACACUGACACCUGCACAAACUGCUUUAUCUAGAUCUCGCUGGUGUAUUAAUUUGGGUCGUGCUUUGGGAGUAACCAUAGGGUGCUUGCUUGGUAUGUUCCCAUUGCUCUUCCGAAAAGAAAGAGAAGUUGAAAUUGUAGAAAAAAGCGGUUGAUGAAACUUAACAGUUGAUGUAGACUUGAGCUUUAGAGUCUUUACAUUCUUUGCUGAUAUGUUGCCCCAUCUAAUGCUUGGGAACCAUUUGACUCUCUCACUGUGGGAAUCUUUUUUUAAUCUGAUGCACACGGAUCAAUCCUUCCUCGAAGUGCAAGAAACCUUCCGACAUAUCCGAGAUACUGAAUCUACUUGAAACUUAGAACAAAUGCAGCUCUUUCACAACUACUUUUAAGUUCUGAUUUUAGAAUUUGUAGCUAUCUAAUAAAAGCCUUUUUAUUUUAA